GCAAGCCGAGGAAUUGGCCGAGAAAUUGCCUUACAACUUUCUAAGAUGGUUGCGAAGAAUUCAGCUUUUAUUAUUACUGCUAGAAAUUCGAAAUUUUUAGAAGAAGUGAAAAAAAUCAUGCAAAAAAACAAUGAUAUUUAUGUGCACAUAAUAGAAGGAGAUAUGAUCAACCUUAAUGAUGCAUUUUUUGAUAAAUUUGAAAAAGCUAUGAACGAGAUUCUUUCGAUUACGAAAUCAUUCGAUGCAUUGCUUUUGGUGAAUAAUGCUGGAACGCUUGGUGCAAUAAAUAAACCAGCAAUUGAUCUUGGUUGUCGAGAAAUAUGGCAAGAAUAUUUGCAAAUUAAUCUUAUCUCGAUGAUUCAGCUCACUAAUUUCGUUUUGAAGAAACUUCCUUUCGAAAUGAUUCCUACACAAUUUGUGAUAAAUAUUACAUCGUUGUGUUCAAUUAAGGCUCUUCCAUCUCUUUGCCAGUAUUGUGUUGGUAAAGCUGGACGCGAAGCAUUUUUCCGUUCAUUGGCUGCAGAAAAUCCAUCUCUUCGUAUUUUAAGUUAUUCGCCGGGUCCAGUACGAACAGAUAUGUACAAUGAACUUAGUACGGGGUAA